AUGGCUCAGAUCAAGGCGCAUGAGCUUCGUACAAAAAGCAAGACAGAGCUACUUCGCCAGCUGGACGACUACCAGCAGGAGCUAGCCCAGCUUCGCGUCGCGAAGGUUAUUGGUGGUGCUGCUUCUAAGCUAAGCAAGAUCCGUGUGGUGCGCAAGUCUAUCGCCCGUGUACUGACUGUCUACAACCAGAACCAGAAGGCCAAACUCCGCUCCGCUUUGGGCAACAAGAAGCACGUACCGCUAGACUUGCGCCGUAAGAAGACGCGCGCUAUUCGCCGUCAGCUUUCUAAGCACGACAAGUCGAUCAAGACUUUAAAGCAGCAGAAGAAGGAGUCGUACUUCCCCAAGCGCCGCUACGCUCUCAAGGCGUAG